GUAGUACUUGAGAAGCUGAGUAAUAUACCGGCCGGCAAGCACGCAGCCAGUCAGCCCCAGCACACAGAACACACAUCCAGACCAGUCCAGUCCACUUCAAUCCAAUCCAGUAUCCAGUAUUCCAGUAUUCUGUUCACUACAUUCAGCUUCAGCAUUCGGCAUUUUAACAUUUGCCAGUCAGUAUCUAGCGACAUUUCGUGCGGUGUGCAGUUUUACUCCAUUAUUUCAUCCGCUUUAAAUAUAUCGAUAUAUAUUUAAAAGGACUAACAUUUACGUACAAUAUUAUAUUGUUGGAUUAAAUAUAAUUACAAUUGCAAGGAGUUAUUAACGAUGACUGUGGCAACGGAAGCUGAAAAUAACACGGCAGUAGGCGAGAAGGAAAAUAAGGAAGUAAAAGAUAUGAAAGCAGCAUUGAAUGAAGAGACGCCGCCGGAUAAUAAGCAGCAGCAAGGUGACGAUGAAAAGCCCACGGAAAAAAUAGAAAACGAAAAAAAGGAGGACAAUGCGGCCACUGAUGAAACCGCCAUUAAAUCAGUGUCUGUUCAUAAAACCAAUUACGACAAGGACACCGUUUAUCUUUAUCAGUUUUCUCGCACUCCGGUGAUACCAUCAAUGUCGCCCUACUGUCUCAAAGUCGAAACAUGGUUGCGGCUCAACGAUGUUAAAUACGAGAAUGUCGAUCAUAAAGUGAAAUUCCGCUCGAAGAAAGGCCAGCUGCCAUUUGUCGAAUUAGAUGGAACAGAGAUACCAGACAGUACGAUAAUAAUUCGCGAAUUGAGCCAAAAAUUCCACAAAGACCUGGAUGCCAAUCUCACUAAUGAACAACGUAUAAUAUCUCACGCAAUGAUCUCAAUGAUUGAAAAUCAUCUGGUGUGGGUGGUUACCUCGUGGCGUGCCAAGAACACGGACGCGACUCUUAAAGGAUAUCGUGUUAAUUUACAAAAUGCUUUGGGUUCACGUUUGCCCAAUGGAAUUUUAGCUCUCUUGUUUAAGAUUAGCUAUUCACGAAAGUGCGCAAAGAAAGUGAAAGCUCAGGGAUUGGGAGUCCAUACUAAUGAAGAAAUAACUCAAUUUGGUUGUGAUGAUCUUAAAGCUCUCUCUGAAUUGCUUGCUGACAAACCAUUCUUCUUUGGCGAUGAGCCUACAACUUUGGACGUCGUAGCAUUCGCUCAUCUUGCGCAAAUACUAUACAUUGAAAAGUCUGUUCCCUUUGCACUGAGAGACUUUAUGCAAGACAACUGUCCCAAUCUUGUUGGACACUGUUCACGUAUGAAGGAACGAUGCUUCCCAGACUGGGAUGAAAUUUGUAAUACACUCGAUUUGAAUACUCAUUUGCCAAAACCACCCAAGGAGGAAACCAAGGAAAGCAAGGAGGAAAAAAAAGAGUCGAAAGAUUCAAAGGAAGGUAAGGAGAGUGAUGAGGAAAAAGUUGAAAAAGAAAAGGAAGCCGAGAAAGAUAAGGAAGUUGAAAAUAAAGAAAAGGAAGAAAGAGUAGAGGAAAAAUAAAUGGUUUAUAAGUUUAUUUAUAAACUUCAAUAAAUCAUAUAAAAUUUUAAAUUGAUGACGGUGAGAGGGGAGUUUAAGACGAGUCAAAGAAAUUGAUAUAAUGCGACGCUGAAUAUAGGAAAAUUAUAUGUAUAAGAAAGCAGGAUUAUGAAGGAAUAUAAUUUCUGCUUAUAUCUUUUAUUAUUAUUUUUUUUUUUUAAUUUUUUUUUAUUUUUAUAUAUAAAUAUAUAUUAAAUAUUAUAUAUAAAAAAUCAUAUAUAGUAUUGAUAUCUUUUUUAUAUUGAUUUUUUUUUACUUUACUUUAUUAUUAUUAUUAUUAAUAUUAAUAUUAUAUACGAGAAAGCGUUUAAAUCUUCACUUUUAUUUGAUUUUAUUGUAGUAAUGUUUGGAUACUGAUAGAUCAAUCGUAUUCAAACACGCAAUAUAACAACUGCAAUAGAUUUUGCCAUACAUUUGGAAUUUUAAUGACUUUUUUUAAAUAAUUAUUUAGAUUUUAAGUUUUAUUUUUUUAAUUAAGCUAAAUAUUAUUAAUGUACACAAUUCAUAUCUGAUAGAUAUUACGUUACAAUUUGAUUAUUUUGAUACAAUCAUUUUUAAAAAUAAUAAUUAUCAUGAUAUAUAUAUUGAUUUUAAUGAUGAAUAAACAAAUAAUUAAAUAAAAAACUCAUAAAUUAGGGUUGUUAUGAAGUAAAGAUAAAGAAAAGAAGAGAAAAAAAAUGAUGAAAAAGUAAAAAUAAAAUAAUAGUUAUUAGUUAGAGCUCUCUUUGACCAAUAAUCAGUCAUGCGCUGAUGGUGGAAAUGAAAAAUAAAAUGAACGGAAAUGAAAUAAAAAAAAAAAUAAGUACCGUUACACGUAUGCAAAUAACGAUGAGUGCAGCAGCUCAAAUUAUAAUAACAAACGAACAAAUAAUAAUAACUUAAAUUUAUAAUAAAAAAAAAAAAUAUCGUAUCGAUAAUUUGUCAUUUUUCGAAUAACAAAUAAAAAAAUAUUCAUUCAUAAAAGUCAUAAUAAAUUUGUGAUAUAAAUAAUAAAACAUAAAAGUUACGAUAAAAUGACUGUAUAAUUAAUCAAUUGCAUGCGUCAUAUUCUAAUCAAUUCAAAAUUUAUUGAAUAGUGUUAGCUAAAAAACUAAAUCCAUGACGUCAUUAAAGUACAAUAAGCAUUUCAGUACAUUAUAAUUAAAUUUAAAAUAAAAUAAAUAAAAAACAAAAACGUAAAUGAUACUCAUGCAAAAUUUUUUAAGCGCAACGAAAAAAAAACGCUUUCACUUUUGUAUGCCGGUGUUGCAUUUAUAAUCGAACAAAUAAAAAAAAUGAUAAAAAAAGUAAAAAAAAAAAAUAU